AUGGCAGAUUUAUUGAAGAAGCGCGGGGAAUUCAUCCAUUGCAGACACUUCCCAGAUCUUCCCCCAGGAUACGAUGACUGGAAAAUGCAAAAGAGUAUUUAUUGCAAGUUCCAAACCGCAACUAUCAGAAAAGCACCCGCUGGAGAUCCCAAACUACAGAACAAAUUACAGCCGGCUAGAUAUGGCCUUGUAUUUUGUCAUCGCGGGUACUAUGAGCGUGCCAGGCGCAUCGUAGAAAAUUCAAGAUUUGCCAUCGCCUGGGGAUUUGCAAACGAUCUAUUUCUCCACGAGGUGGACUGUCGCUUUGGCUCUGACUCUGGGAAUUAUUCAUUCUUAGCCCAUGACUUAAGUCCCGAACGUGUCACAUCAUCGAAGUUACAAGACUGGUCUGAGCUUGCCUACGAACAGGUUCACGGGACACAUCUUGUUUCCAGGCGAGUGGAUCUGGAUAAUAUCGACUUUGCGAGUACUUAUCUCCGGGCGCAUGAGAAAGUGCCUUCAUUGAGACAGGCAAUGCGCAUGGACCACAGAACCCCUUACGGGCUUCAAGUCGAUCUCAGAGAAGAAGAUCUUGCUAAGGCCAUUGUCGAGUUCACCGACCAUUUUCACAAAGUCAAGAAUCCCCUUGUCCGAUCUUUCAUAUCUGAUACCCAAUUCAAACGCCGGAAUAUAAUACUGAAGGGUUAUAACACCAAAUAUGCUUCUUAUUAUAGGCUCAUCGGAGAAGCCCAAGAUUAUUCUCGCAAAGAGUACGGCCGUCAAUUUUUCCCAGAUCAACUGUUUGCAGCUCCUAAUUUAACCAUGGUCUUUUAUCCAGAACCUCUGGUUGAACUUGCAUUGCAACGAAAGGGCAUGAACAAUCGUGCUUCUAUAAAAGAGCGCUGGGAGUUUUUGAGUUUGGAGUAUCUUAGCAAGAUAGCUAGGGACCAAAUUCUGUCCUUUGUCGAUAUCGAAAUCAGAGAAAGCAUAUAUAAUUUCAUACUUGAAAUUGUAUAUAGUGGACUGGGACUCGGAUACCACGGUUACCCGGAAUCGACAAGUCCUUCAAGUGGAACAGCUCGCAGGGGCCAAGACAAAAGGAGAACAGGACCAGCAAAUCCUUUGACCGGGGAGCCUCUUGAUGACUCAGAUCUGGAAACCCUUUUCGAGAGCCGCGUUGAUCGAGCUAUGAUUGAUGUCAGCUUAGAGUUAAGAAGAGACUACCCUAAUGUAGUGCUCUCGUCUUGUACUCGUCUACCCGACGUUAUUACACCAGAUGGGGUGAAAUACGGCACAAGGUAUGACACUGGAAGCUUAGUACGCUGGCCAGAAGGUCAGAGAGGACUCUCACGGAUACUCCGAGCAAUUCAUGGAGGCCUGUACCCACGGUCUGAUUUGGUCGUUGCGGAUGACCCUGCUGCGGAAGUUGCUGCUCGCACAUGGAUCGAUCAAUACUCGUCUCUCAAGCGAAGCGAGCUGCUGAAAAAGCCUUACUACGAAUGGCUAGCGGCUGAGCCGAAGGUGCAUGCAGCCAUCCGAAGACUUAAUAAUGGGGAGUUUCUAGCAAACAAGUGCGAGGCGUACGAAACGGGUGAAGACGAAGCACAGAAGACGGAGCGAAUUCAGGCGGCAAUGAAUAGAAUGUACGAAGGAACGGCACUAGGGGAUGAUAUGGAACCGCCGGAUAGUAGCAGUUGGCAAGGUGAGCCUCGAGGUGAAGCGGUGAUUGAUGAAAAAGCAGCCAAACAAGAGGCGAUUGGACAACAGACAGCCUGUACAAGGUCAAAUGAUCCAGCGGGAGUCCAUCGAAAAGCAGCCAGAAACACCGGGAAGCAAGAUCAUCAGCGAUUGGCAGACCAAUUUGAGGCAAGAGAAAGGAGAGAAAGGAAAGAAGCAAGCAAGUGGAAAGCCAAUACAUCUACAGCACUAUCAAGGUGGGAUCGGAUGAAAUCGGCACCAAAAAGUGUGGUGCAGAGGGAACACAAAAAAGAACUUUUGAGGAUAGCCGAAAGGAAGUCGCAACAGGAAUUACAACAGGCCAAAGAGAGACGAGAACGGAGAUCUAAAAGGGCAACUAGUGAAGAGGUAGUUGGAGAACAACAUCAGCAUGGAGAUUCUUCGGAGUCGAAGAACUACGGUCAAGGUCACAAAGAGGUCUGGCCAGAGCAAUUCGUCCAACAUCGAGAUCUUCAGGAAGACCGGGAAUAUUUCCGUCGUGACUCGGAGAGACGACGACCGAAACUUUAA